AUGGCUGAGGACGGACCGUUUGUAUCGAAACCGGCAAGGGGGUGGCUUCACCCAGAUUCUGUUUUAGCCAGCGACGGAAUCACGUACGCAGUUCGAUACAUAGGUUGUAUGGAAGUGUUGACUUCAAUGAAAAAACUAGAUUUCGAGACGCGUUCACAAGUUGCCAAAGAAUGUAUAGCAAGAGUAUGUGCCGCUGCAGGAUUGAGGUCAGCAGAUAAAAAACGUCGCAUCUGUCAAGCAGCUGCCUGUGCACUUGCUGCUAGACCGCGCAUGGCACAUUCCGGCUCAAAUGUUGCACUAACUGUAUCUUCCCGAGCUAUCACUCUUGCUGCGUUAGAAGGAGGCGAGACUAUAGCUCGCCAUGAUAUGCCACGAGUUUCAUUUGCAUCUGGUGGUGAUCAGGAUUCAUUAGAUUUUGUGGCAUAUGUGGCUAAGUCAGUACCCCCCACCGAGUGGAGAGCCUGCUAUGUACUAGAGUGUGGAGGCCGACUAGCACAAGACGUGAUAGCUACUAUAGGACAAGCAUUUGAAUUAAGAUUUAAGGAAUUUCUUACAAAACCAGCAUCGUUGAAUAUUAAUGGGGCAGCACGAACACACAGCACGGUAGCUAGCGAUAUAACAAAUUCUUUGGAAGACAGAGAAUACUACAAUGACAUGCCAGAUAAAAUGCCACCAGAACCCGUACCACCAAUAUCGCAACACAGGCAUCCACCACCACCACCGCUGGCGUCACUUCCACCUAUAUCAUCGUGUGAGGAAAGUGUCAGACACUAUGUGAACCAAACGCCUCCUCCCAGGACACCACCGACUGCUUUGUUGCCAAACCAUCACACUGAUAUCUUUGAUAUGCAGCCAUUUACGGCAGCGCCUAUGACGUCAUCGUCGACGUCCCCUGCGACGUCACCAGCGGCCACCGAAGAACCAUUAGGCCCAAGUGCCCAAGCUGCUUUGCUGGCGCGAGAGCCCUGGUUCCACGGACCCAUAUCUCGGAGCGCUGCUGAGAAGCUUGUGGUGGAGGACGGUCAGUUCCUAGUGAGAGAAUCCAGUGCGUGUCCAGGUCAGUUUGUCUUGACUGGCGCUCGUCGCGGGGCGCACAAGCAUUUGCUGCUUGUCGAUCCAAACGGCAUUGUUCGAACCAAAGACCGCGUGUUCGAGAGCGUCCCGCAUCUGAUAAAAUACCACUGCACCAACGAGUUGCCCAUCGUGUCUGCUGACUCAGCACUACUCCUGCGCAAACCAGUCAUUCGUUCUUGA